CGUCUUCUGUGUCAUAUCUAUAAUCUAGCUUGCUACCCUUCUUCCUCUUUGCAAACCUCUACCACAGAGUUCAUCCACCUUCUUCUCUUGGUUCAUCUCGUCCAUUGAACGACCCCACAAUCUUUGAGCUUUCCCCAGUUCUACCAAACAUGCCUCUCAAUGCUCAAGCCAUUUACCCGGCAUCGGACCCAGAGUUCGUCGCCUUCCCUAGUCGCAGAAGUGUAGUCCACAGCACCAAGGGCAUUGUAUCGAGUUCACAGCCCUUGGCCUCAAACUGUGGCUUGCGAGUGCUGCAACAAGGUGGAAACUGUGCAGAUGCCGCCGUCGCAGUUGCAGCCGGUCUGAACAUGACCGAGCCUGGUAGCACAGGUAUCGGCGGUGACAUGUUCUGUUUGUUCUACGAUGCAAAGACCAAGCAGGUUCACGCUUUGAAUGGUUCUGGCCGCGCUCCUGGAAACGCAACAUGUGAGAAGGUGCGAGAGUCCUUGGGCAUCAAGGAGGGCGAGAAGGGCACUAUCCCCAUGGCGAGUGCUCAUGGUGUUACUGUUCCUGGUGCGGCUGCUGGCUGGGUCGAUGUAGUGGAGAAGUUCGGUAGUGGAAAGGUGAGCAUGGAACAGAUCCUGACACCAGCCAUUGAGUUGGGAGAGAACGGUUUCCCUGUCUCUGAGAUCAUGGGCUACUACUGGAGCAAGGCCGAGAAGUCGAUUCGUGAUGCCUCACCCAACUUCGCCGAAAUGUUAAAGAAGGACCCGAAUGCACCGGACGGCUGCCGUGCUCCCAAGCCUGGCGAAAUCAUGCGCAAUCCUACCCUGGCUCAAACCUUCCGCGAGGUUGCGAAAUCUGGAAAGGCUGGCUACUACACUGGAAGAAUUGCAGAAGAGUUGGUUAAGGUCGUUCAAGAUUUGGGAGGCUUCAUGUCUCUUGAUGAUUUGAAGAACCACAUGGAGAAGGGCAGUGAAGAGGUUGACCCCAUCAAGCUCAACUUCCGCGGACAAGGCAUCGACAAGUCGCACGGAGAGACAAUGCACGAUAAGAGCUCAGAGGGUGUCGAUGUUUGGGAACACCCUCCCAACGGCCAGGGCAUUGUUGCUCUGAUGGCCCUGGGUAUGCUGCAAGAGUUGGAAAAGAACGGCAAGAUCUCGACCUUCUCCGACAAAGACCACAAUUCUGCAGAGCAUAUCCAUGCUGUUGUCGAGACCCUUCGUAUCGCCUUUGCCGAUGCCAACUGGUGGGUGGCCGACCCUAACGUAGUCAAAGUUCCCUCGCAAGAGCUCAUCUCGGAGAAAUACCUCGCUGAGCGUGCUGCACUUUUCGACCCAAACAAGGCCGGUGACAUUCCCGACCACGGUUCUCCCGCACACAACCACUCUGACACCGUCUACUUUGCCGCAACCGAUAGCGAAGGCAAUGGUAUUUCCUUCAUCAACUCCAACUACGCCGGUUUUGGUACCGCCAUUAUCCCCAAGGGCUGUGGUUUCACUCUCCAAAACCGUGCUUGCAACUUCAUGUUGCAACCGGCAGACCACCCCAAUAUCUACGCCCCCAACAAGCGCCCUUACCACACUAUCAUCCCAGCUCUGAUUACCAACAAGGCCGAUCAAAGUUUGCACUCAGUCUACGGAGUCAUGGGCGGUUUCAUGCAACCUCAAGGACACGUGCAAGUGCUCAUGAACAUGCUCGUCUUCAAGAUGACACCACAAGCCGCUCUCGACGCCCCUCGCGUCUGCAUCGGCGCCGGAAUGCCCGACAGCGGUGAUGUCUUUGACAAGACUGUUUACCUCGAAGACGGUAUUCCUGAAGAAACCGCCGAGAAGCUGCGCGGUAUGGGCCAUAAUGUUGAGAUCAUCAAAGGCCAUGGUAGAGGACUGUUCGGUAGAGGACAGGUCAUUAGGUGGCAUGUUGAUCCUAUUGAGGACCGUGGUGUUUGGAGUGCGGGCAGUGACCCUAGAGCUGAUGGUCAUGCUGUUCCUUGGAUGUAG